CGAGAUGAAAUUGCGGGAUCCGCCGAAGUGGAGGUGCGGACAUGGUUCAUCAAGGGGAGAUGGAUGGAACCGUCCCAGUCUGGAGUUCACCUUUUCAUCCAAGUCGACGUAGACAUCCAGUUUUAAGUCAAACAAAGUCCCUCACGAAGGGGUGGGUGAAUGUAUUUCCAGAACAGCCGCUCAAUAUCCAACAGCUCCUGCUCAAAUGGCAUUUCUUUACGAUGGCUCUGGGUUCCAAGACGCUUAUAGGUACUAGACACGGGCAGAUCUUCUGACGAUAUCGUGAAACUAUUGAUCCUCUAGGGUUUGACUUUCCUACACGGCGAAUGACCAAAUAUUAUUCUCACCAAAGAAACCUUCCAUUCUUUGUCUUCCUUUCAUUUACCUCAGUCUAUCUCGCUACAUUCUCAAACCAUGGUCACCUCAAUUCUACUCAUCAAUGGACCAAACCUCAACCUCCUCGGCACUCGAGAGCCACAUAUAUAUGGCUCGACGACUUUGGAGGACAUCGAAAAGCGAGUCCAGAACCAAGCGUCCGACCUUGGAGCUACUUUGACUUCAUUUCAAUCCAACUGGGAAGGGGCAAUUGUGGAUAAGAUCCAAGAAGUUCGUGGAAAGGUUGGAGGAAUCAUUAUCAAUGCUGGAGCUCUAACUCAUACGAGUGUUGCUAUCCGAGAUGCAUUAAGUGCUGUUGCUAUCCCCUUCAUUGAAGUUCACAUCUCAAAUGUCCAUAAACGGGAACCAUUUCGACAUCAUAGUUAUUUAAGUGACAAAGCCGAGGCUGUCAUUGUUGGAUUAGGAGAUUAUGGAUAUACGGCAGCAGUGGAUUAUUUGCUGAAGCAUUACAAGUCUUGAAUAUCACUCCAUUCGAUUCAGAGAGAUGUUACGGAACCAAAUGGUCAGUGGUUACCACCUGAGAUCUUUUCUCCAAUUACU